AUGGAGCACUCACACGGUACCAGGACCACUAUGUCAACUGCCGUCCGUCGUCAAGUAGAACAAACCAUCGAGGCAGUGCCGCAGUUCAUCCCACCCAAGAUGCCUUAUGCGCUCAAACCUCAGACCAGGGUAACCAAGCCUACUGCUGCAGCUAGUAAUGACGACGACGACGACAAUACAGUACCUGGGUUCAUUCCGCCCAGGAUGCCCUUCAACUCAAAGGCUGUUCAGCAAAAGUCGACCAACGAGCAAGCUAGCCCCCAAAGGCUCGCCUCAGUUGCCUCCGUCAACAACAAGAAAACGACUGCAAAAGACACCAAGGAUACAAAAGACAAAAUGGAAGCAAAGGAAACAAAAGACAAAAAAGACUCAAAGAAUACCAAGAGCACUAAAAACACUAAAAACACCAAUGCUCAAAAGCUUGCACAAGUUCAGGAGGACGAUGAUGACAAACUGCCUACUUUCAUCCCCCCUCGAUCACCUUUCCGAGGUCUCAAAAAGCCUCAACCAACCCAAGCUGUCCCUAGAGACACGGUUCCCGAAUUCAUUCCUCCCAGAAACCCUUGGGCUCAAUCCAAGUUCAACACACGCUCAACAGACAGCGAUGACCAAGAUGAUCCUGAAGAGACUGAUGCCCCUGACUCUGAUCAGAGGGCGUCUCGAGUCGAUCUUCUGAAGCGUGAUGGCGAAGAUGAAGACGAUGAGUAUUUUCUAGAGGAAGGUGAUGACGAGUUCAGCCCUUCGGACUUCCCCAAUCUUGGUGAACCCGAAGAUGAUACUGUUGAUGCUUCGGAUCAACACUCCCAGGACACCCCUGCUGCCAACAUGUCCAAGCAGCAGGGAGAUCCUGAGGAGGGAAUCAACGUUCAGGGUGAAGAGAACACCAAGAACUACUUCGGUGGUAACUUCGAUGACGAUGACGCUGAAAACACCCCCGCACGUCUAGAGGCCCGGGGUGUUGCAAAGCGCAACAUGCUUUAUUUCACGAACUGGGGUACUUACGAGGGUUUCAAUCCCGAAAACCUUCCGGUAAAGGAGAUUACGCACGUACUUUACUCCUUUGCCAAGGUAAAUGCCAAAGAUGGGACAGUGUGA